AAUUAGUUUUCCACUUUCAAAAAAAAAUGAUCAGUCCGAUUUUCACCCUUAGUUUUGGUAAAAGAAAAUAUAUUUUUGUUGACAAUUUACACGACGAAUGUUUUUACAACAGGUCAUUAUAAACUCCGAGGUGUGCGAUCUUCGAAACUUCAAGAUUCUCCGAACCGUGCCCUCCUUGCACCAGACGACAAUCAAAUUCAACAGUGACGGUGACGUAAUAUACGCAAUCUUGAGGAGAGACCGCUCGGAUUUCAAGUCGGCAGUAAACCCUCGCCGGAUGAAGCACAAUCUCUUUUCGGCUUUCCGCACAGUAGACGCUCUAAACUACACCGACAUAGCUACUAUCCCAAUCGAGCGGUGUGUGCUCGAUUUCGCCACCGAACCGACCGAUUCCUUUGUGGGAUUGAUCACAAUGGAUAACGAUGGUGAUAUGAAGGGGUCAUUGGCUAGGAUAUACGAUGUCGGUGAGAGAAAUAAUCCCAGUGAUGGUGAUUACGGUCUACAGUUUAAUCGGAAUCGGAACUGGAAUCGAAACCAGAACCGGAAUAGAAACAGAGAUGCGGAAUAUGAUCUGCACACGGUUGAAUUGGACGAAGAUGAAGAAGAAUCGGAAGGGAACGAUUACGAGGAAACCGUGAAUGAAGACGAAGAAUAUGAGAGUGGGAGUGAUUUGUCUUUGAAUAUCUACAGAAGUGAAGAUGAAGAUAAUUAAUGAGAACAUUUCUUAUGUAAUAAUUUUAUAGUGUAUACUAUUACAGUUUUACUGACAGUAAGAAACAA